AUGGAAGACAAGGGUAAAAGUAAAGCAAUGACAAAUGAAGAUGAAUUAUCUUCUAUAACUUCUUCAGUGGCCAGUGUUGUGUCUAGAGAUGCAGAACCAAUCCCUAUUACUUCAGGGAAUGCUCCUGAAUUUAAUAGCAGUAGAAGACGAUCAUCAUUAGCAUCCUUAGGGUCCUUACUUCAUACAUUAAGUGGAACAUCAUCAACUAGCAAUUUGUCAAGAUACACCACGGAUCAGUAUUUGGUAGAUAACAUUUAUGAAGGUUUAAACCAAGAUGCAAUCAAUUUGCGUAGAACUGCAACUAGAAACACUAUUUUAGAGACCAUGACCCAUCGUGUGGAUCUGGUAAAGCAAACAACAGAGCAUGAUAUAGAGAAAGUAAAAUCACCUGAAAUCUUAGACGAAGAAGAAAAUAUAUAUUCAGUUAUACCAGAUGUUUCAGCACCAGCGAAGGACUUUGGAGGAGAGUUUAGUCAACUAGACCCCGAAUUGAUUUCAUGGGAAGGACCUGAUGACCCAGAAUAUCCUCGAAAUUGGUCUCGUGCAACUAAAAUCCAUCAAACAUUUAUUGUUGCUCUAUAUACUUUAAUUUCACCAAUGUCUUCCAGUGUAUUAUCUCCAGCAAUGGGUGCUAUAGCAAAAGAUUUUGGCAUUCAUGGUUCAUUUCUUGAAGCAUUCACUGUUUCUAUUAUGGUUCUCGCAUGGGCAUUGGGCCCUUUAAUCAUUGCCCCAAUUUCUGAAUCUGAUUCAGUUGGUAGAAAACCUGUUCUCAACGUAUCAAUUUGGAUUGUUUUCAUUUUCAAUUUAGCCGCUUCAUUUUCUAAGCUGACAGUUCAAUUGUGUGUUUUCCGUUUCCUUGCGGGACUUGGAGGUUGUGCACCACUUAAUGUUGGUGCUGGAUGUUUAUCAGAUUUAUUUAGUGAUUCGGAUAGACAAUUGGCCAUGGCAUUUUAUUCAGUUUGUCCAUCGAUUGGUCCAAUUAUUUCCCCCAUUAUAUCUUCAUUUAUUUUGCAAGGAGGUCUCAAAUGGAGAUGGUGCUUUUGGGUCUUAACUAUUUUCAAUGGUGCUGUCGCAGUUUAUGGUACCAUAUUUUUUACUGAAACAUAUUCACCUCGUCUUUUGAAGGAUAAGGCCAAGAAGUUGAGGAAAGAGACCAAUAAUGAGCAUUUACAUACCAUUUAUGAAAUGACCAAUGGCGGGGAAACAAUGUUUGAGAAAUUCUUACUUACAGCCACCAGACCAAUAUAUUUAUUAGCUACCAACCCUAUGAUAAGUGGAUUGGGUUCAUUUAUGGCUUUUGUUUAUGGGUUUAUGUAUUUGAUGAUUGUUACGUUCCCCACAGUUUUUGGUGUUGGAUAUGGAUUCAAAACUUCGAUUAUGGGGUUAAUGUAUUUACCUUUAGGACUUGGGUUUAUUAUUGGAACUGCAUUUUGGACUGUUAUGAUUGAUAAAGUGUACACUAGUAAAAAGGCCAAGAAUGGCGGGGUAGCAAAACCAGAAUUUAGAUUACCAUGUCUUGUAUUUAGUGGGGUUGGAGUACCAAUAGGACUUAUAUGGUAUGGAUGGUCUGCUCAAAAACGAUUACAUUGGAUUAUGCCUGCACUUGGAAUGGGUAUAUUUGGAUUUUUUUUUGUUGCAGUUUUCCAAACUAUACAAAAUUAUUUGAUUGACAUGAACAAUCGAUUUGCUGCUAGUUCUGUUGCAGCAGCUGCCGUAUUCCGGUCGAUUUUUGGGUUUGCAUUCCCUUUGUUUGCGCAUGCAAUGUAUUCUAAAUUGAAUUAUGGUUGGGGGAAUACAAUGUGUGCCUUAAUUGGAUUGGCUUUAGGAAUCCCAUUCCCAUUAUUUUGUUUGGCAUACGGAGAGAGGCUAAGAGGAUGGGCUAACACACGGAUGGAGAGAGACCAAGCUAUUAGAGACAAGAAGAAGCUUGAAAGAAUUCAGAAGGACGUUAAGGAAGAUUAA